GGAGAGAGAGGGAGUGUGUGUUCUUCUCUUCUCUCAGCUCCUCCUCCUCCUCCUUCUUCUUCUUCCUCGAAGCCCUUCCCUCUGAAAAUCGCAAUUUUUUUUCCUCUUCCAUUUCUCUCUUUCAAGGCUUUGUUUUUCUCUCUCAAGAACUUUCUGGUGCGGCGUGUUUGGAUCGAGGUUCCGUCGAAUUGUUUGCAGUUUAUCGGGGGACUUCUGUUUGGAGCUGCGGAAUCUCUGGUGUGAGAGUUUUUUAGUUUAGGGUUUUUUUGUUCUUUCAGUUUCUGAGGUAAUAAUCGGAAUCGGUGGGUGAAGUUUUCAUCUUUUGGCGUUUUUAGAUUUUCGGGUAAGAGGAAAGGGAGGAAUUUGGGACUUGGGGUGUGAGAAAAAUUUGAUUUUCUUCCUUACAUCUUUUUGCUUUUCUUGGGUUCUGAGUGUGAUGGGGGAAGGUGAAGGAGGAGGGGUUGAUGGCGGUUCAAAGACUGCAACGUCAUCGGUGGAUGCUGCUGUAACGACGCCGGUGGAGGCUCCUACGGGGAAGAAACUCGCCCGACAGCUCGAUUUUACGGCCUUGCCGGAGAAAAAAUCGCAACAACAAUUGCAACAACGAUUGCAUUCUCAGGUUCAGGUGCAGCAGCAGAAGCAGAUUGUGGCUCCGGUGAUAGCGGCGCAGCCGCAGAUUAUGGCACAGCCGUCGGUGGUUGUAAAGCCGGUUCCUUCGCCGCAGGCACCUGCAGUGAAAGUGGGGAAACCAGAAUCUCCAAAAUCAAGAUCAAGACCUAACUUUGAUAUAAAGGAAGCUACUCCAAAGAAGCAAAAGCAGUGCAAUUGUAAACACUCUAAAUGUUUAAAGCUAUAUUGCGAAUGUUUUGCAUCGGGAAUAUAUUGCGACGGUUGCAAUUGUGUAAAUUGUUUCAACAAUGUUGAAAAUGAGGCUGCUAGACGAGAAGCUGUUGAAGCUACUUUAGAGCGCAAUCCAAAUGCAUUUAGGCCGAAAAUUGCAAGCAGCCCCCAUGGAACCCGUGAUAGCAGGGAGGAAGCUGGUGAAGUUUUAAUAUUAGGAAAGCAUAACAAGGGUUGCCACUGUAAGAAAUCAGGGUGUCUCAAGAAGUACUGUGAGUGUUUCCAAGCCAACAUCCUUUGUUCUGAAAAUUGUAAAUGCAUGGACUGCAAGAAUUUUGAGGGAAGCGAAGAGAGACAGGCCUUGUUUCAUGGAGAUCAAAAUAACAUGACAUAUAUUCAGCAGGCAGCAAAUGCUGCAAUAACUGGAGCAAUUGGUACAUCUGGUUAUUCAUCACCUCCGGUAUCCAAGAAAAGAAAAGGCCAGGAAAUCUUCGUUGGGCAAACAGCCAAGGAACCAUCUGUUAGCAAGUUGGGACAACAGGUAAACCAUGUCCGAAGUCCAGCUCCAUCCCCAUCCUUGCCCUCCCUUCCGGGCACUCGUGUUGGAACUGCAACACUUGGUCCUUCAAAAUUUUCAUACAGGUCUCUUUUAGCAGACAUCAUACAACCACAGCACUUGAAAGAGCUUUGCUCAGUUUUGGUGCUGCUAUCUGGACAAGCUGCAAAGACACUUACAGACCAGAAAAAUUUAAUGGAAAAGCAUACAGAAGAUCAGACAGAAACUUCACUUGCUUCUUCAAAUCAGUCACAAUUACCAAAUCAAAAGGAAGGUGAUGUUGAGAAAGCUAUGGCUGAUGAUUGUUCGAGCGCAAACCAAGCAGAUAAAAUCAGCCCGGACAAUUCAAGUUCAGAUGGUGCUGACAUCCCGAAAGGGAGGCCAAUGUCUCCUGGGACUUUAGCUUUGAUGUGUGACGAGCAAGAUACGUUCAUGACAGCUGCCUCUCCAGUUGGCACAAUGGCUCAUGGCUGCAACACAUCCUCGGAAUUUCCUUACGGACAAGGAAUGACAGAGGUCUACGCCGAGCAAGAAAGGAUUGUCUUAACAAAGUUUAGAGAUUUCCUCAACAGAGUUAUCACCAUGGGAGAAAUAAAUGAAACAAAGUGUUCGUCGUUAGCUAGAAGUGAAUUGGAGAGCCAGAAGGAUCCAAUCAAUAACGGCACUGGAAAUAUGACUACCGAGAGUUUGCAUCAGCAGGGUGCCACUAGCAAUGGUGUUGCCAAAUCGAUUGUUCCACCUACGGCCGCAGCAGCUUCGGCUUCACCAGUCCCCGGUCAUAAUAAUGUUCCUGAAAAUGGAGAAAAUAAGAUGAAGACUGAAAAAUAGCUAUGAAAGUGAUCUAUCUAUCUAACCAAGGAUGUGCAAAUAUACCAUUGAAAAGAAAAUUGAGAAGAUUUUCUUACACUGUAUGCUAGGGUUAGAACUUUCUGUAGUUCUAUGUAAUGUAAAAACAUUGCUUUGAAGUGGCUUGUUAAAGGGUACAAGCCUCAACAUUAGUCCACCCAAGUAGGAUCAAUUUUCUUCUAAUUUGGUCAUUAUUCAUACAUAAUUUAAAUUAAUUUUUCAGCUUCAACAUUGCUUGAUUGCGAAGCUUGUAAAUUGCAGAGUUGUAACUUCAUAAAAAUGUCAUUUAGAUUUUUCAUUCAA